UGACGUCAGCCCCCGACAGCCGCGAGCUGCUCACUUGGCUCUCGCCCUUCGGCCGGGAAGCAUGGGGCUGCCCAGGCUGGUCUGCGCCUUCGUGCUCGCCUUGUGCUACUGCGGUCGCCGCGCCUCGGGUGUGCCUGGAGAGGCAGAGCAGCCCACACCCGAGCUGGUGGAGGUGGAAGUGGGCAGCACGGCCCUUCUGAGGUGCCCCUUGGACGCCCCAGGCAACCUCAGCCAUGUGGACUGGUUUGUUGUCCACAAGGAGAAGCGAACGCCCAUCUUCCAUGUGCGCCAGGGCCAGGGCCAGAGCGAACCGGGCGAGUACCAACACCGCCUCAGCCUCCAGGGCCCAGGGACCGCUCUGGCCGUGGCUCAAGUUGGCCCUCACGAUGAGCGAGUCUUCCUAUGUCAGAGCAGGCGCCCCCGAUCACAGGAGCACCGCAUCCAGCUCCGAGUCUACAAAGCUCCAGAGGAGCCAACCAUCCAGAUCAGUUCCAAGGGCAUCUCCGUUUACAGCCAGGAGCCACAGGAGGUUGCCACCUGCAUGGGGAGGAAUGGAUACCCCCUCCCUCAGGUCGUCUGGUACAAGAACAGACAGGCCCUGAAGGAGGAGAAGAAUCGCAUCCACAUUCAGUCGUCACAGAUCGUAGAGUCGAACGGCUUGUACACCUUGCAGAGCAUCCUGAAGGCUCAGCUGGUUAAGGAAGACAAGGAUGCCCAGUUUUACUGUGAGCUCAGCUACCGGCUGCCCAGUGGAAACCACAUGAAAGAAUCUAGGGAAGUCACUGUCCCCGUUUUCUACCCUGCAGAAAGGGUAUGGUUGGAAGUGGAGCCCGUGGGAAUGCUGAAGGAAGGGGACCACGUGGAAAUCAGGUGUCUGACUGAUGGCAAUCCUGCGCCCCACUUCACCAUCAGCAAGAAGAACCCAAACACCAAGGAGAUGGAGGAGCAGGAAACCCCUGACAAUGGCAUCCUGGUCUUGGAUCCUGCCCAGAAGCAGCACAGCGGGGACUACCAGUGUCAGAGCUUGGACUUGGAAGACAUGACAUCACUGUCAAGUGAAACCCAGGAGCUUCUGGUGAACUAUGUGUCAGAUGUUGAAGUGAGUCCCGCAGUGCCCGAGGGCCAGGAAGGCAGCAGCCUCACACUGACCUGUAAGGCAGAGAGUAACCAGGACCUUGAGUUCCAGUGGCUGAGAGAAAAGACAGGCCAGGUGCUGCAAGAGGGGUCAACACUUCAAUUACUGGACCUGAAACGGGAGGCAGAGGGUGGCUACCGCUGCAUGGCAUAUGUGCCCAGUGUACCAGGCCUGAACCGCACACAGCUGGUCAAUGUGGUCAUUUUUGGGCCCCCCUGGAUGGCAGUAAGAGAGAAGAGAGUGUGGGUGAAAGAGGACACAGUGCAAAACCUGACCUGUGAGGCAUCAGGGCACCCUCGACCUGUCAUCUCCUGGAACGUCAAGGGCAUGGAAAGUAAACAAGAAGAGCUCGACCCACAGAGGGUACUGGGCACCCUGAGUGUCCUUGUGACCCCAGAGCUGCUGGAGACAGGCGUACAAUGCACAGCUUCCAACUCCCUGGGCAGAAACACCACCACCAUCUUCCUGACGCAGGUCGGCUUAACCACCCUCACACCAGACUCCAGCACAGCUGCUGGCCCCAGCACCUCCACAGUCAGUCUCAGUCCUCAUGCCAGAGCCAACAGCACCUCCCCAGAAAAAAAGCUGCCAGAGCAGGAGAGCAAGGGCGUGGUCAUCGUGGCUGUGAUUGUGUGCAUCCUGGUCCUGGCUCUGCUGGGCGCCGUCCUCUAUUUCUUCUACAAGAAGGGCAAGCUGCCCUGUGGGCGGUCAGGCAAACAGGAGAUCACGAUGCCCCCGUCUCGUAAGAGUGAAUUUGUAGUUGAAGUUAAGUCAGAUAAGCUCCCAGAAGAGAUGGGCCUCCUACAGGGCAGCACCGCUGACAAGAGGGCUCCAGGAGACCAGGGAGAGAAAUACAUCGAUGUGAGGCAUUAGCCCCUGAGCCCCACUCAGCUCCUAGUCUGGAAUGUUUCUGCCUCCCUGCUCACUCUUCUCCCCAGCCAAAGCCCCCAAAGAGACUACAGAGAAGACCCGUUCCACACCUGCAGACUGUUCCAGAGGCCCACCGGGCCCCUUCCAUCCUGGGAAGGACCUCACUUAACCCUGGAGGCCCCCUUUCAGAGCCUGGGCCGUGCUCAUGCCAAGAAGGGGUCCAGUCUCCCGAGGGUGGGCGAGUUUCUUACAGGAAGUGUUUUCUCUGUACAGUGGUAUGGCUGUAGAACUAUCUUUGCCCAGCAGUGGCGAGGGGGGGCCCCUCUGUGACUGUUUUCUGCCCCUCAGGCUGGCACCAGUAACUCAGCUGUACCCCUGAAAUGAGGGUGCAGCGGGGCCCAUGCACUUGUUUAGUGUCAAGAUGUUGCCCAUUCUGGCUCAGGACAAUACCCAGCCAUACCCAGAGCCAGCUGCAUAGCCCAGAUGUCUUCCUGCUCACCCUCUGGAGUUUUUUCUGUGACUGGGUCUCACUACGUAGUGCAGGCUGGCCUUAAACUUGCUCACGCAGAACCAGGCUGGCCUUGUAAUCUCCCAGUCCGCCUGCCUCAGGCUCCCAAGUGCUGGGAUUCAGGCAUACACCACCAUGCUCAGCCUUGAGGUCACUUUUGUGAUUCUUUCCUUGGGGCAGAAGCCAGGUAUCAUUCCUUCAAAGACCUGCCCCUGCAGUGAGGCAGCUGGGCCGUUCCAUGUGGAGGCCACUGAACCUGAGGCCCCUGCGUUUGUGUGGCUUCCAUACCCUUUCCGAGGGGGCAUAUGAGUCAGCAAGGUGGGAGCUGGGGAUGACGGUAAGGUCCACUGGCCUUCGUGGGGUUAAGUACCAAGGGUGUAUGCAAUUAUGUCACACCAGAUUUCUACACACUGAGCUACCAACCAAGACCCACCAAAGAAAGACUCAAAUGGGAGAAUGGUACUUAGGGAUGAAAAACGGGGCCUGGUCAGAGCUUUGGGGCGCGUCUAUGUGUGCCCACACCCAUGUGUGUAUGUGUAUAUAUAUAUAUGUAUAUGUAUAUGGUUUUGUGUGUAAAUUUGCAAACAGUUUCCUUUUAUAUAUAUAAGAAAAAUAAAGCUUAACUGUGCUAGGAA